AUGGAGUGUGCGGGCAGGGCUUUGAACUUUUAUAGCUACCAGGUCACACAAGAAAUCAUUUAUCAGGAACACAUGGCGAAGUCAUUGACAGAGCAAUGCGCCACUCUAAAUCAGAGCAUGGAUGAUCUUUUGCACCAGGCCAACAACCAAAUCAAGAGCUUGCAGGAUAGGUUGAAAGCGAUGCAAGAGGAUCAAGCUUCCCUCGAACAGAGCUACUACAACCUGGAUAAUACCUUAAGGUCCAAGACCAAGGCACACCAACAUGACCGAAGAGCCUAUGAGUCAUUGAAAGCCCAAGUCAUGGCAACUCAGGUCGUGAGCGCCGCGGGAGAAGAAGUUGACAAUACUAUGCAUUCGAUUCGGCAAGGCGACCGCUUCAUCAACAAAAUGCCAGGAACACGAACAGGCACCGCGCAUCUCAGUCAGCUCGGUUUGAAUCAGCAAGAUGGCGGAGGCAGAUUGCACAAUCGUGCUGGCAGCGGAAGUUCGGGGAACGGUGAACAACGAAUCGGUGGCCGUCCUCCGCUCAAACCACAAUUGCAAUCACGCGCGUUUGGAGGUCGAUCUAAUACCAGCCGUGAGUUUUUCACCUUCAUUUGA